AGCUUUGAUCUCACUCUUUGAUGACUUGAUUUCUCUCUCUCCUUCUUCUUUAUUUUUUUGGUAAUGUCUCCCUCUAUUCCCGAGUAUGAGCCAUGAAAUACCUUCUUCAUGGUUUGGAAUCAAAGUAGUUAAUACAAGAAAAACUGAGAAGGACAAUUCUCCCUCCAAAAUCCAAAUCAGUUUUCUUAAAGGAAACCCCACCUCACCAAACCCAUUUAACCAAAUACAUAUUUUCUAUCUCCUACUCUCUCUUUCAUUCCCUAUAUCACCUGCUUUCUCUUCCCUUUUCCUUUACUGUUGUCUCUUCAUGUGGCCACUUCGCCGGAAAGUGCCCCUCUUUCUCUCAGACGCCGCCCCAAUGAAGCACAGCGGAAGUGGCCGGAGAAGCAGCAAUAUCUCCAUCUUUGUCAUCGUCUUAAUCGUCCUUAUCUUCGCGGUCUUCAUAUAUAAUGAAGACGUCAAAUCGAUCGCACAAUUUCCAUUCUCUGGUCCUAAACCUCAAGACCUCCAGCAAAACCUCUCGAACUCAGACAACUCAGUGCAAGAAACCGACAAGAAGGAUGAUCAGAAGCCAAUUUUAACGAAUUCAAGUAGUAGUAAAGAAGCACAGGAGGAGAGCACUGACGAAACGGCAGAAGCUCUUAAUAUGAAGACGAUCAUAGCAAAGCAAGAAAAUGAAGCAAUCGAAUUACCUGUAACCCUCAAAGAAGAAGACGAGGUGGUCGAUGUGCCUCCAGAAGAUUGCGAUCUCUUUACGGGCGAGUGGGUUUUCGACAACGUCUCCCAUCCCCUCUAUAGAGAAGACGAGUGUGAGUUCCUCACCGCACAGGUAACAUGCAUGAGGAAUGGUAGGGAGGAUUCUCUAUACCAGAAUUGGAGAUGGCAGCCCAGACAUUGUUCCUUACCCAAGUUCAGUGCAAGAUUGCUGCUUGAGAAGCUCCGAGGAAAACGGCUUAUGUUCGUUGGCGACUCGUUGAAUCGGAACCAAUGGGAAUCCAUCGUUUGUCUAAUUCAAUCUGUCAUCCUUCCUGGAAAGAAGAGCGUAAACAAGUCUGGCUCGCUCUCUGUUUUCAGAGCUGAGGAAUAUGGGGUUAGUGUGGAGUUUUACUGGGCCCCAUUUUUGGUCCAAUCAAACUCGGAUGAUCCAAGGAUGCAUAGCAUUUUGGACCGGAUUAUAAUGCCCGAAUCAAUCGCGAAGCACGGGAAACAUUGGAAGGGCGUGGACUAUUUGAUUUUCAAUACAUAUAUAUGGUGGAUGAACACCCCUAAGAUGAAAGUUCUCCGAGGAUCAUUCGAUGAAGGGGACACGGAAUUCGAUGAGGUUGAACGCCCAAUUGCAUAUGCAAGGGUUUUAAGGACCUGGGCCAACUGGGUAGAGGAAAAUGUCGAUCCACAACGUACUUCAGUUUUCUUCAACAGCAUGUCUCCUCUUCAUAUCAAGAGCACGGACUGGAACAACCCGGAUGGGAUCAAGUGUGCUAAGGAGACAAUGCCGGUGGUGAACAUGACCACCCGGUUGGAGGUGGGCACAGACCGUCGGCUCUUUGUCGUGGCUGCCAACGUGACACAGUCGAUGAAGGUGCCCGUCCGCUUUCUUAACAUAACAACCCUCUCCGAGUACCGGAAGGACGCACACACCUCUGUCUACACCAUUCGUCAAGGCAACCUACUCACACCCGAACAGAAGGCCGAUCCCGCCAUAUAUGCCGAUUGUAUCCACUGGUGUCUACCAGGCUUACCCGAUACAUGGAAUGAGUUACUCUAUACCCGUAUCUUCUCUCGCUCAUGACCGAACAACUCCCCUCCCCUCUUUUUUGUUAUUCCUUGCUUUGUAAUUCAAAUAUCGUCCCCAUUUUUUUAUUGGGUACCAAACUUUUUGGUCUUUCAGAUCUGUUUGUUUGCAGUGUAAAGCUGAAUCAAGUAUAUAUUUUGCACC